ACACCACACCGCUUUCUCCACCUUAACACACUCCACCAAUUCCUCCCUUUCCUCUCUACCAUGACCACUCCCAUUGACUCUGCCUCCACCCCCGCCGCCGAAAUCCUCCACGAACCACCCUCUCUCCCAUCCUCCCCCCUCCCCAAACGAACAAAAGUCAUCGAUCCCACUCCCCUCAACAGCUCCUCCGCCCUCCCCCGCGGCUCAGACAGCGGCGCCGCAACACCCACUCCCCUCGCGACGACAUCAAUAGGAACACACCACCCCACACACGCGCUCGGCUCGUCAACAAUGGCAGAAGCGGCCCCAACGCUACAGGUGCAGUUCCUGAGCGACAAGGCCAAAGCCCCAACGAAGGGGAGCGAGUUCAGCGCCGGCCAUGACCUCUACGCGAGCGCGGAUAUCGUGGUGCCAGCGCGGCAGCGGGCGAAAGUGGCGACUGAUAUCUCUAUCAGCGUGCCUGUGGGAACGUACGCUCGCAUCGCCCCCCGCUCCGGCCUCGCCGCCAAACAUGGCAUUGACACGCUCGCUGGUGUGAUUGAUGCUGAUUACCGCGGCCCGGUGAUCGUGCUGCUGGCUAAUCUGUCUGACGAGGACUUCGAGAUCAAGGCGGGCGACCGCAUUGCGCAGUUGAUUGUGGAACGAAUCCUCAUGCCGACAGUCGUGGUGGUUGAGAAGUUGGAAGAGAGCGUCAGGGGCGCCGGGGGGUUUGGGAGCACGGGA